AUGGACUCCGCUGCGGAAAUAGAACGGGAAGAUGCCGCGCUGGACUCCUGGCCACGCCGUCUUUUACACAUCCCAACUAUGGUGUCGUAUGGGUGGCAGCCCGGAAACAGGUAUGGAUCAUACGUGGAGCCGGCCUAUAAUGCAGUCACAUACACAUGGGUCAGGUGGAAGCUAUCGGGACAUGAGCGCCCGGAUGUGCGCUCCAUCGUCGUACACGGUAUCCCUUGGGAGGUUCCAAGGGUUAACCCCGACCAUUUUACUGUGCAGCAGUCUCAAUCUGUCUUGAAAACGAAUACCGGAAGUGUUUCUCACUGGAUGUUGAAGCGUAUAUCGGCAUCCGUGGAGUUUGUAUGGCUUGAUGUCGCCUGCAUUGAUCAGCGUGGGACAGAGCUCAGAUCGGCCGCCGAGAUUGGCAGGCAGGCCGCUAUUUUCAAGGGUGCUCAAAACGUGUUUUCUUGGUUAAGCACCAUGCCUAUUGCGGAUCUACAAAGAAUUUUGGCAAGCUUAGACACUCUGAGCGACGUCGUGAGAAUUGUGCCUGCUGGAACGACACCUACAGCGUCCUCACAGCAGUUGACGACGAUACAUGGCCACCUUGGCCAGCUUUUUAAAGACCAUUGCUUCUGCGAGUGCAUGUACGUCCCAAACGUCAACAGCUCUAAGAUCGGCAAACUAUACCCGAAAAUCUUGGAGCUAAUCGAGGCCUCUGGUAUAAUGGCAAUCUCCUCACAGAAUGCAAUGGCGGCUUAUGCCGCGGUGGGACAUCGGACGAGCGUCAAGGCAGAAGAUCGCGCGUACGGGAUGCAGCAGAUGUUUGGGUUUCGCUUGGGGGUUACAGCUACCAGUCCUCCCUCGAAACCCUUCUACACACUUGAGGAGUUGGAAGACCAGCUUGGAGAGCAGCUCUUAUUGCACUAUCCCGUCUUGAGCCAAUUGCAUGUCUUCACAGAGCCGGCAGCGCGUGGAAGAGGGUGGCAUGUGAGCCAAAAGUCAAUGAUCCCCGAUAUGGUAUGGAGCGAAGGCAACCCGGCUUGGCCCACGCCGGAUGAACAGGAAGAGGCCAGAUGCUCAUUUUCCGUUCGCAACGUGGACAGCCGAAACUGGGGGUAUUUCGAAGGUCCUCUCUGCAAAUUUUCGCAGUUUGCAGAAGCUUGUACGGCGUUUGAAGAAAGUAAUGCCUACCCAGAGCACUAUUUCUCCGAGAGCAACUUCUUGACACUGUAUAUGGAUAGAUGCGCGGAGCUGUCCAGUCCCCCAUACUAUCAAAGCGGCACGUACCGCCGAACUCCGCAGGGUAGCCAACAGAGAGACCUGGCUCGAUGGCUUUGUGAAACUUUCAACGACAAUUCAUUGCAUAUACGGUUGCUGGGACCGAGAUCGUCGGAAGUGGGCCGAUCGCGAGUAAUGCUUGGUCUUAUCUUGCUUCGCAGCAGUGGCCAGAGUUUUGAUCACUAUCGCCGUCUGGAAUUUUGCCACUGGCUUAUAUCGCACACGACGAUGGGAGGUGAUCCACUGCCCGGUCAUGACUUCUUUGAUGGCCGUCGCGAAUCAUGGCGGCCGUCUUCUGGCGUCUUUGGUUAA